AAAUGAUUCAAUCUAUUUCAGACGUGGAAGUUUGUGGUUUUCUACGUCAGUCAAUUUUUUUUUCCUUGAAUUUAAUAUUAUUCAUCAAAAACUAGCCUUUCGUCUGGUUUAAAAUGUUCAGAUCGAGAUUUUGAGUAGAUAGCAUGUGACUGUAUUGAAUAAUACAAUAACAAAUUACGCAGUUUGUUUUGAGGAUAUUUCCAAAAUUAUGCCUCACAAUUCACCAGUUAAUUACACUGAUGGAGUUCCAGUUAAGAUUUCUGAGAAAUAUAAGCAGCCACCAGAAAUUAAAUUAACGACUAGAUUAACACAACAGCUUUCAAAGAAAAAAGAUCCAGCUGAGACCGCCUUUUUAGACUAUAAUUUUGAUUUAGAGCGUAAGAUCAUAAGUAAAACUACAGAAUGGAUCAAUUGGAGAUUAAAACAAAAGACAGAAAGACAACAAAGAAUUCAACAGCGCGAAUUAAUGCGUCAGAAAAGAUUAGAGGAAGAACAAAAGGCAAAAUUAAAUCAAGUAUCAUAUCCAAGUGACGAGCUAACUUCGUCGUGUGACGAAGAAGAUGAAGAGGAAAAAGACGAUUCCAAUGAGGCUAGAAUAAAGAGUAGUUAUAUUAAUAAUCAAGCAUGCAUUCCUUCUGAUAAAGUUUUUAGUCCAAAUUUCAAUACAAUUCUUAUGCCAACACAAGCUGUUGUUAUAAAUCAACCUAUUGAUAAGAAGUCGCAUCGUAGAUAUGCUAGUAAUUCGAGUAAUAAAAUUGAUUUUUCAUUUUUUGAGUCCGAUUCAAGUCCAUUUGAUAAUUUAGAAAUGAAAUCAAUGAAUGAAAUGGAGGAACUUGCCAAAGUGCUAAAGUCGACUGUUGUGGACGGAAAUCAAGAGUCUGAUGAUAAUGCAUUAGAAAGAAAUAAUUCAAGUGAAUCUGAUCCAAGCGACCAUCAAAAGAGUAUUAACAACAAUAAUAAUGAGAAUGAUAUUCGAAGUACUAACAUUAGUGAUGCCUCAAAAGCACUAAUUCCCAAAAAUGAUAUGCAACUUAUAGCAGCAACUCAGACUAAUGCAUAUGGAGCACAUAACUUUAAUCAUCAAUACUUGUUUAAUAAUUAUUAUGGAAUGCAGUCGACGACGAUAAAUACUAAUCAGCCGUUUUAUAGUAACCAACAACCAAAUAAUUGUUACUACACUCAAAAUUAUGCAGUUAAUCACAUGAAUUAUGCACUGAACAAUAACAUUAUGGCUUGUGAAAAUAAUAUUAGUGAUAAUGAAAUCAAGUCUAAAAGUGUCCCUGACAUUGUUAAAGAGUUGAAUGAUGAGCUAAAUAAUUCCGAGAGAAGAAGAACUAGAAACAUUAGUCAAAGUACUCAAGGCAGCGUUCCCAUCGAGAAUGAUAAAAUCAUUAUGAAAACGAAUCCAGACGAUGAAUUAAAUAACUUACCGGCUAAAAGUCAAAAUUUAGCAAAACAAAUUUGUCAAAUGGGCUUUAAACAAGACUUGGUUAUUCGUGCAUUAAUUCGCUUAGGUGAUAAUGAUAAACAUGCAGUUGAGCAUCUAAUUUCACUUAAUGAGAUCCUACAAAUGGGAUUUGACGAGGAAAAGGUGUCGGAAGCGCUUAUUAAAUUUGAUAAUAAUAAGGAUCAAGCUUUGGAUUAUUUAAUAUCAUAGUUGCAGAACUUAGUAAUUUUAAACUACCGUUGCUUACACAUAUAUUUUUGAUGAACGUGAGGGAAAAAAAUGAGAAAACAUUUUCAAUGUUUAUUGGAUAUCUUAACAUUUAAAUUAUUCGUGUGAUCGAUUAGUCAAUGAAGGAUAUUAUUUCCUUAUAAGUUAUAGAAUUUUUAUUUUCCAAAAAAAAGUUAUAUAUAUAUUUAUACUUAUUGUAAAUUUUUUGUCUUAUUUCGUCUGUCUUUAUUGCUGGUUUUCUAAAUAAAUUAUGU